CGCCCGGCCCGGGGAAGCGGAGGGUGGGGACACUCUGGCCCGGCUCUCGGUGGUGCAGGCACGGGAGGGAGCAGCGGCCGCUCUGGUCGGCGGACGUGCUGCCUAGCAGUCCCGGAAGCGAAGGAGCGAUGGCGGAGAGUCCGACUGAAGAGGCGGCGACGGCGACAGCAGGCGCCGGGGCGGCGGGCCCUGGGGCAAGCGGCGUUACCGGUGUUGUCGGUGUUAGCGGCAGCGGCGGCGGGUUCGGGCCGCCUUUCCUGCCGGAUGUGUGGGCGGCGGCGGCGGCAGCGGGCGGGGCCGGGGGGCCGGGGAGCGGCCUGGCUCCGCUGCCCGGGCUCCCGCCCUCGGCCGCUGCCCACGGGGCCGCGCUCCUUAGCCACUGGGACCCCACACUCAGCUCCGACUGGGACGGCGAGCGAACCGCGCCGCAGUGUCUACUCCGGAUCAAGCGGGAUAUCAUGUCCAUUUAUAAGGAGCCUCCUCCAGGAAUGUUCGUUGUACCUGAUACUGUUGACAUGACAAAGAUUCAUGCAUUGAUCACAGGCCCAUUUGACACUCCUUAUGAAGGGGGUUUCUUCCUGUUCGUGUUUCGGUGUCCGCCCGACUAUCCCAUCCACCCACCUCGGGUCAAACUGAUGACAACGGGCAAUAACACAGUGAGGUUUAACCCCAACUUCUACCGCAAUGGGAAAGUCUGCUUGAGUAUUCUAGGUACGUGGACCGGCCCUGCCUGGAGCCCAGCCCAGAGCAUCUCUUCUGUGCUCAUCUCCAUCCAGUCCCUGAUGACCGAGAACCCCUAUCACAACGAACCUGGCUUUGAGCAGGAGAGACAUCCAGGAGACAGCAAAAAUUACAAUGAAUGUAUUCGGCAUGAGACCAUCAGAGUGGCAGUCUGUGAUAUGAUGGAAGGAAAGUGUCCCUGCCCUGAACCCUUAAGAGGGGUGAUGGAGAAGUCCUUCCUGGAGUAUUAUGACUUCUAUGAGGUGGCCUGCAAAGAUCGCCUGCACCUUCAAGGCCAGACUAUGCAGGACCCUUUUGGAGAGAAACGGGGCCACUUUGACUACCAGUCCCUCUUGAUGCGCCUGGGACUGAUUCGUCAGAAAGUGCUGGAGAGGCUCCAUAAUGAGAACGCCGAAAUGGACUCUGAUAGCAGCUCAUCUGGGACAGAGACAGACCUGCACGGGAGCCUGAGGGUUUAGACCCUGCUCCCCUCUCCCCUCCCCCAACUCGAGAGUCCCAGCAAAGUCCCUUUCCCCCACCCCAGGGAUGGAGAGGCACUGUGUAUCUCCCUCCAAAUGUGACGUCAUCCUGCAAGAUGGCAAGAACCAAGCAAGCUCGGAUCCCAGGGUGUGGGAGAGGGGAGGCUGUUUCUGAUCUGACCUCCUUGGCUCUCGAGCAUCUGGGACUGUGUUCAUCCUAAAUCAGGGGCCAAGGUACCUAUGCAGAAGCACCUAGGGCGAGGGCCUCUGGCAAAAAAAAAAAAAAAAACCAAUACACCUCUCCACAGGGCCAGCUCCUUAGGGACAGGUGGGAGACGGAAAUUGCAAUUCCUAGAGGGAGUGUUCCCAAAAGAUUUAUGGGGAUAUCUGGAAGGGAGCUUGGGGUGGGGGGCUGUCUGUGACACUUCAGCAGUCUGGGUGGUUGUCUGUCUGUCUGUCUGCAGUCUUGAAGCAGGGCUCCCCAGUGCCCUUUUCCUCCCUGCCUCUACCCCCAUUAUUUCCCAUGGGCCAGCGUAAAAGUUUUUCCUAAUUUAUAGUCACUGUUCUAGACAGACCAAAGAGAAGGAACAGUGGUGGAGUCUAGGCUGCUGAUGAGUAAGCUUUACCUAGCACCUGAGCACCUUUCUCCUCUGUCCCCCAUUCCCUCACCCAUUUUAGAUUUAAGACAGAAGGUAAAUGUGACUGGGACUGAACCAAGGUCGUGGUAAAGCCUGCACAGGCACCAUAAGAAGCUGAAAAUGCCAUUUGUUCCCACAAUCACUGAUUAGAAAAGUCCCCCACACAAGCAGCUGCUGUGUGGAUGGGAUUAGAGCCACUACAUAAAAUAGUCUAACAGAUUUUUCAUAAAUACUAGUCACGAUGAGGGUCUUUCUCCUGGGGGUGGGAUACAGAGAGGAGGCUGAUGCUAGUCCUAUUGUAUUUUGUUUGGCUGUCCUUGUGUAUUUUCACUUCAGCCUGUAGUCCCACCUCCUCCCUUCAAAGCCCAGGGAGUUGUGGGGAACAAGGGUAGCCAAUGGCAGAGGGGAUGGGGGCUGGGACUCUGAAGACUCCUCCCCUUCUCCACCCCCCCUCACCUCCAGCUGCUCUGUCACUGACUGACGGGUGUUUCCCUGGCUGUGUUGCUUCUCUUAUCUGUAUUUAGCUGCGGUGAUCCUUUAGCUGGUUGGCUCAGAAAAAUGUGCUUUAGGUGCCCUGUGAUACUGGGCAUCAAGGGAACCCAUCCUUCCCUGCUUUGAUGUGUUCUGUACUUUCCAGAUUCUUACUGUUAGGGCUCCCAGUGGGCUAAUAGUGAGCCGCAUGACACAGGGCCUCAGUCAGUAUCCAGCCACAUGUAAAGGGGAGGAUACUGGUAAUUUGUACCUGCUUCGCCCGCUGCAAGGGAGGCCUCUGCCUUGUGGAUCAUGGGACCUCCCAGGGGUGGCAGGGUGGGCACAAAGGAGAAUGUCCUACUUGGGAGGGCAGGAAGAAAAACUGGACAGUAAGUGGGCUUGGCGGAUGGAGGUUUAGCUUUGUUCCUAAAGGCUGGGUCUUUUCACAAGGAGACUCAGAAAGGGACCCUGCUUCCAAUUUUCCCUCUUCCGUUCCCAGAGCUAGUACAGGGCUGAGAAGAAUGCCCUUGGUCUGUUGGUCCAGUGUCGUCUGUCAUCCAUUUUAAGUGUUCCCACUUUCAAGUGACAAUCCUCCUUGGCCCUGCCAUGGGCAGAGCAUGUCUGGCAUACCAGCCUGACUUUUACGCCCUAAAUCUUGAGUUGAGGAAAUAUAUGCACAGGAGUCAAAGAGAUGUCUUUAUAUCUGUACAUAAAUGAAUUUUUUUUUCCUUUUUGGUGCAAUAAAGUUUGUUUUGGCAGAAGGA